UAUUAAAGAAAGGUACCUUCCAGAUCAGUUACAAGAAGUAAAACCACUCAAUCCUUGUUUACUCAAAAGUUGGCAGUUAAAGCCAUAGCUACGGCCGGACGUUCGUAAUCAACGCUCGUCUCGGAUUCCCAUAACAGAAACAACGUGAGUCCUAUAUAUAUAUUAGUCUCCCUGGCUUCGUAUCUCACCUUCCAAUAGCAAAAAGAAUGGCGAAAGAAGUGAUGAGUGGUUGGACAAGGGUAGGAAAUGUAUCACGUGGGGUCAGCAGUGUCAUCAGAGAAUGCAUCUUUGGAGUUCUUAGAGUUGGUCCAAUCCCUAACCACAUUGCUUUCAUCAUGGAUGGAAACCGACGAUAUGAUAAGAAACAGAAUCCCGGUGGGGCUGCCGUCAGUGGUGGCCAUGAUGCUGCCUUUUGGGCUCUCGUGGCUAUGGUGAUGUACUGCUAUGAGCUCGGGGUGAAAUAUGUCACUGCCUAUGCCUUUAGCAUCGACAACUUCAAACGAAAAUCAGAGGACGUUCAAAUACUCAUGGAUUCGAUGUUGCGGAAAUUCGAUCUCCUGGAGAAGGUCGCCAUACAUUUUGCCAUUAGGGUUCAUUUUGCUGGGAACUUGGGGCCCUUCAACAAUGAGUUCAGGGUUUCAGCCAUGAAACUAAUGGAAGCUACUGCCGGAUAUUCCAAUUCGUUGCUUACUAUUUGCGUUGCAUACACUUCAAGAGACGAGAUCUUGCAUGCCAUUGAAGAAUCUUGUGAACAAAAGUGCAUUGAUCAUGUUCGAGAGAUCAACAGCGAUGGUGAUCAUAUUAUAAAGUUGAUGGACCUUGAGAAGAACAUGUAUAUGGCAGUUGCACCGGAUCCGGAUAUUAUAAUCAGGACCGAAGGGGAAAACCGGCUGAGCAAUUUCUUGCUGUGGCAGAGUUGUGGUAGCCAUUUAUGUAGCAUGUCGGUACUUUGGCCAGAGAUCGAGUUAUGGAACUUGGUGCUUGCAAUCUUGAAUUUUCAGAAACAUAAACCCUACCUUGAGAGGAAGAAGAAAGAAAAACAAGUAUAG